AUGCAUAUUACCCUCGUCACAGAUCAGACUCAAGUCCAAGUGGCUAGACUACAGAGAGAAAUUAAAGCAUCUGAGGAUGAAAAUGCAUUAUCACUUAUGGCAUACAACAAUGAAAGGCAAGCACGACACAAUUUAAAGGAGUGCCAAGAUCACGGUAAAGCACUCGAUUUCAAACUCAGUCCCAUAGAAAAGGCAAAAGAUAAACAGUUAUUGCGAAAACAUCUCACCGAAUGGGAGUAUAAGACACUAGAAGCAAAAGGCUUAACGAUUAAAGUUACAAUGCCUAAUUCACCAGAUGUCUCAUCAUCUUUUUACUCAGAUUCUAGUGAUACUGGAAGUCUAACAGGGGGUAUGCACCAAAAAUUUGAUACCAUCCAUAGACAUGGUAGAAGAACUAGUGAUAUUUUGGGCAAUAAUGAAGAGGAAUUACAUUCUAGUGACAAUGAGGAUAGUGAAAAUUCAUCAAACUCCAUAAUUAUUGAAGGUAUGUCUAAUACUGAUAUACCGCCCCUAUUUAAUGACUCGAAUUCUUCUAGUUCAGAUGAUUCAGAUGAUUCAGAAAUUCGAAGUUUAUUUUCUUCAGAUAAUGAUAUUCAUGCAAGUUGUAGACAAAUACACAUUCAGAAUAUUAGAUUACAACAUAAGGUAGAACAAGAAUUGAGAAAAUACCACAAUGAAAGAGGCUUAUUGGAAUUUGAUCGAGAUCAUCUUGUAAAUGAUCUUGAAAUAGCUGAGGAUGAUAUCAACAAUCAGAACCAAAUAAUAAAUAAUUUAAAUCAAGAAAUUUUACUGCUUCAGAAUAAUAUACAUAUAAAUAACAAUCGAACAGGUAUGGCAGGGUACCCAUUACCAAAAUUUAACGGAUUACCAGGUGACCUUUGUCGAUGGUGCGAAUGUGGUAAUAUUCAUCCAAAUGGUGGACACAAUAUACGAAUAAGAAUUGAAGGGAUUAUUGAAAAUUGUUUUGGAGACGAUGCAAAAGAUUGGUAUGAAAGUAAUAUCAAAGGUAAAAAUUGGGAGUCACAACAUAUUACAGCAAAUAUUGGAGUAGCAGAUCUCCAUGCUAUUAAUGCAUUAACUAACAAUGGAAUUCGUGCUAUUAAUGCUAAUAGAUUUAGAGUACCAGUAGUUCCAGCCCAUACUGUGUGGGAUGAAGAUUGGUUAACAUCAGGUGGACGGCCUACAGACUUACCUCCCAACGCACCUAAUGCUGGAAAUGAUGCUAAUAUUGUAGCUUCAGGUAUUCGAAUUGGUCAAAUGAUAGAUCGUUUUAAACAUGAACAUCCCACUAUUACUGCAGAAAAGUCGCAAGUAAUGUUCCAUUCUUUGACCCAAGGUAAUGAACCAGUAAAUCGUUAUUACUCAAAAUUAAAAAGAUUGAUUAAACAAGCAUAUCCAGCAUUGGCAGAUGCAAACCAAGAUGAACUUCUUAGACAGCAAUUAUUCAAGGGGAUCACAAAUGAAAAUAAAAUGGAAGUAUCUCGUAUUGGUCUUGAACAUCCAAUUUCCACUUUGUUACAAAAUUAA